CUUGCUCCCCCACUCGUUUUCUCUCUGUUUAUCGUCUUCGCCCAUAGGGUUCCGUGUUAGAGCUCUGCGAUGUUAGACAUAUACAUCGGCGGCGCAUUGCUAGCAAUGUUCUUCUUCGGAGUCUUCACCAUCCUGAUAAUAUUCUCGACAUACACCGUCCUAUCUUCUGGGCACUACACACGAACGAAUAUUCUCAUGAUCGCUGCACCGCUUACGAUGUAUGCUGUCUCCGCAGCGCAUUUGGGUAUGGGGCUGGGAGCGUUAGAUCCCUACGCCGACAAUCUCGAAAGCAGUCCGUCAGUGUGGGCGCGCGCUUGGAUGUACUUGCCGAUCGUGAACUACAUCGUGUCCGAUGCAGUCGUCGUGUGGAGGUGUUGGGUGCUGUAUUCAAGAAAAUGCAGAAUUAUCAUGAUACCGCUGCUAUUAACUGUGUCGAAUGUCGUCGUAGCCAUCUCCAUCGCUGGACUUGACGUCAAGAUUCUUUCACUAUCAUCAACCGUCCCCGCUCCCGGAGUUUCGGGACCUUACACGGGGAACAUCGUUGUGUGGUCCUUGUCGCUCGCGACUAACAUGUUGACGACGGCGAUGGUGGCGUUCAAGUCCUGGAGGCAUCGUAAAACGCUCAGGAAAAUGCUCGGUCGAGGGAGCCCCAAGACAAGAGCGGAAAAAGUGAUGGCCCUUCUUGUGGAAUCGGGAGCGAUGUACUGCGUGAUAUGGGUUGCAUUCCUGAUACCAGCCCUCAUAACUGGAUUCAACGGUACAUUUGUCAUGAGCGCAGUGAUGCCUCAAAUCUCAGGAAUAUACCCUACCAUUCUCAUCGUCCUCGUCAAGUUUGGAAAGACCAACUUUGAGAAUGAUUUCGCCUACACCGAGGAGCCUCAGGUCAUCACGACUCGAGCUCGAGCGCGUAACAGCGCAAACAUGAACACAGAGAAUAGGAAAUCUGGACCAUACAUGUUGAGUCGGCCUGUUUCUUUUCCUCCGCCGUCACCGUUGGGAAGCGGAUGGACCGUUGUGACUGAAUCUAAGUAUGAGGGGGAAAGAAGGGCGAGUUUACCUGGAGUUGAGAAGGUCGAAGAGGUCUAG